GGUCUUUUAUUUAUCGAUUGAGGCACUACGAAGUCUGCCGGGUCAGCUAGUCUAUGAACAAAAUUAAACAUUGUGAUGACGUGUAUUUUGUGUGAAUAUUAUGAUAUAAACUAGUUGUGACUAAACCAUAUUUUAACAAUAGCUUAAAACAAAGUAAUAGAUGUAUUUGAUCUCAGAACGAAAUAAUUUAAAGUUUUGAUCUUAACUUUUUUUUCAGUUUGACAUGUUUUACAUUAGAUUUUCACGGGACAGUGUGUCUGUAAAAAGACAUGAUUUUUUCAUCCGGGUCUUAAAAAGGAUUGUGAAUCAGCACCUUGGUGUGCGCUCUAUUAGGCUCUAUUAGAGAAAAGCUAAAACGAUCGUCCGGCUGCAGUGGUAUUUUGUUCAAAACUUCAAUUUUGGUAAAUUUUGCUUUUCCGCGGGAUUCAAAUAUAAAAGAGGAUUAAUAUCUAUUUAAAAAUCGAUGUGUAAAAACUCAACUUAAAAUAUAAAUUAUAAAAUCAGUCUUAUAUCACUCACGAAACUAACAGACCUCAUUGUUCACGUAAUGCCGCAGUACACAAUGCAAACAAAUCGAGGGAAUGGGUAAUUACCGUGCUUUGUAAUCAGCUAGCAGAAAUCAGUUAUAGCUGAAGCCGUGCUUGAUGAUGUUGAAGAAAAAAAUUAAAGAGAAAAAGGCUCUAAAAAGAAAAAACUACAAAAAAUUGAAAUUUAAAAAACUUUUUGAAUAUUUAAAGAGCGAAUUGGAAAAUUCUACUACACAUGGACUACCUUACAUCGUAAAAUCGGAUGUACAUUGGUUUGAAAGAUUAUUUUGGGCAGUGAGCUUUGUAUUUGCAAUGGCCAUUAGUUAUAUGAUUCUUGCUGCGCAAUUUUCAAGAUUUGUGAAAGCUCCGAUAGUAAUGAAUGUGGAGAAGGAUUAUUUCAAUUGGAACGUUUCUUAUCCAGCUAUAAUAUUAUGCCCUGUAAAUAAAAUACAAGAGGAAGCUUUAUCUUCAAUCGUAAAUGAAACUCUUGAUCAAACUGGCCUCAAUGUCGAAUCGUAUUUGAGAACUAUUGUGUCUAUGUCAUUAGACACCCUGCAACUCCUACAGAUUCCGAACCAGGAAAUCUUAUCGCUGAUAGAUCCUGCGGAAUAUCCAAGUAUUUCUUUAAAGUUAUUUAAGAAGUUCGACGAGUCCAUUUUAUCCACGGUGACAAAAUGGCCAAUACCUGUCGAGGACACGAUGACUGAAAUAGGGAUGUGUCAUUUCAUCAAUUCAAAUGUGGCCUCGCUUGAUAAUCCAAGUAAAUGGCACGAUACAACUUCGAAGUAUUCCAAAACCAACAUCGAACUAUCUUACCACGACAGAGAUUUUUUUGUCCAAGUAGUCAAUUACGCUGAUGAGUACAAGAUCUAUACCACGAGCCCCGACGAUGUGAUUAUGAGCGAAGCAUCUUCAUUGAAGUUUGAACUUGAAGGCUUUUUAUCUUUUGGUGUCCAAAUAACUAGUACAAGAGCAUCAAACGAACUGAGAAAUGUACCUUUGCACCUUCGAAAAUGCAGGUUCACAGACGAGCCACACAGUAACAGAUAUGCGGUAUAUUCUUACAAUCGUUGCAUAAUAGAAUGUAGAAUUAAAAUGAUUAUGAGGUUGUGCGGCUGCGUCCCACAUUUCUAUAAAAAAAUAGAAAACGAAAGAAUAUGCAGCCUACCUGAACUGAGAUGCAUUGUUCUUUACAAAAGAGAGAUCACCACUCUAACAGCUUCAAACGAAACAUUGCAAAGGUUUAACGAUUAUACCGAUUUACCGAGAAGGUCACGCGACUGCGGAUGUUUAGGUGAUUGCGAAGCCGACGUCUACCAGCAAGAUCCCGCGUCACUUUUGCCUCAAGAGUCAUUGAACAGAUUAAGGAUCAGUGUCACGUCCUUUCCGAAAGUGAGAUUUAUGAGGGAAAUUAUGUUCAGUACUUAUGACAUUAUACUACGGAGUGGCGGUAUCGUGAACUUGUGUAUCGGCACUUCGUUUAUAUCUAUAAUGGAACUGAUGCUGACGGCCAUAAGACUCCCAAUCUACGAAAUAGCGAACAUAGCGCAGGCCUGUAGAAAUGCUAAGACGGCGGAUGCACAGAAAGUGAACAAUAAAAAAAUUAAAUAGAUAAAAAAAUAUUUAUUUUAUUAAAGCUUCACGUAUCACAGGUUUUUCAAUACAUAAUUUAUUUGCACACUUUUUCUUUUCUCGUUCUGAAAUAAGAUUAUUAUUAUUUGAUAGCGUUUUUACAGUUUCGAUCAGGUAAGCAUUUUUUUUUCUUUACACAGUUUUACAUAUCAGUGAUAUCAUUAUUAUUUUAGCUAUUAUAAUAAUAUUGUAAUUUAUCUAAAAUUUCAAUAAAUUUGUUUGCGAUCGA